UCGUUGGUCACGCCAGAAUCGAAAGCGCAUCCGCACAUCGAAAACGAUCGCAGUCGCGUCGGUCUGCUUAUCAGCGAAUACCGCCAACAGAGGAGAAGCUAUAGGUUAGGAAAAAGUCUCCAAUGACGGCUUUAGGACAGUAGACGUUUCAGAAGAUGUGACUGUAUUCCAUGACGAUGGUGGAGCAAAGCGAGUAGCAAAAGAACGAGUUUUUUUUUUACUGUGCGAGGUUGUGAUCUGUGGCCGCCAACAGAGGUCGUCGAGUUACGUUCAGGCUUAAGUCAAGAUCGUGAACCGCGGAAUCUGCAGAUAAAGCUGACACCUAGAGGAAUUCUUGGUAUCCAACCUUGCUUGAAAAUGGGAAGCAUUCCUCGUCAGGGUUUUGCUUAGUGCCAGCGGAACAAGUUGCAGCACUUUUCAACAGCACAUCAUCAAUAAAAAUGGAGGAGUUUGCCAAUGAUACCAAUGGCACAGUAUGGAAGGACCCGUACAUUGAAUCACCUUUGAAGGAGAUUCUGAUCAUAAGCUUCACAGUGACGUCUAUUCUAGGCCUCUGUGGCAACCUCCUCGUCAUCUUCGUCAUUGCUUAUAACCGCUCAAUGCGCACGGUCACAAACUUCUUCUUGGCCAAUCUGGCUGUGGCGGAUCUUCUCGUCUCGAUCUUCUGCAUCGUCCCCAAGCUCCUUAUGUUCGUCAGCGUUGGCUGGUUCUUGGGCGACUUCAUGUGUAAGGUCCAUCAUUACAUCAUGGCUGCCACCACUACCUCUUCAAUCUUUAUCCUGACCGUCAUCUCCAUGGAGCGAUUCAUAGCCAUCUUGCGCCCACUAGAGACCAGGCGCUUGCUGACUGCCGGCCGGCUGAUGGUGGCCAUGGCUGUGGUAUGGAUAGCCAGCGCCUUGCUGAACAUCCACUACGCUUUGUAUCACGUGAUAACUGUCCACGAUAAUGUAACUUACUGCUCCAUAGAUCCUGAUCUAACCGACAACGAAAGCCAGGGCCAGCAACUCACCCUGGUGUUUUUCUUUAUCUACUACAUCAUUCCGCUCUUGAUAAUGGUGGUGCUAUACGGGUUCAUAUGUCAGAAGCUAUGGAUGAGUAGUAAAUUGAGACUUGUCGCGUCUGAUUCUGAGAAAAGCCCCGGACGCUCCAAUCGGAGCCUCAUUAAGCAGUUCGGCAGAGUGCGGUACCUGAUCCGCCCGCGGCAGGGAGCAGCGCCCCCUGCCGACCAGAAAAAGAAGGGUGAGCAGGCAGCUUUGAGUAACCCGGAAGAAGCCCAAGUCCUGAUGGAGGCUCAAGUGUCCAACAAACUUGCGGGGAGCGGAAACCAGAGGAUCGGACCGUUCUUCCUGGACGAGCCAGACGAAGACAGCUGCCCCUCCGGUCCCGUGGACCCACGUGACAUUUACAAACCCGCGGCCCACGAGAAGCCGAUUCGUAUUCAGGUCGACUUCGAGGACAGUAGGGACUCCUCGACGGCAAAAGACACACAGGAGAUACAGGAAACCAGACUUGGUGUCACGGGCAAUAUUCCUCCGGGGGAAAACGGCCAGAAUUUGCCCAACAACAACAUGCCUCACCCCGUCAAAACCUUGCAGCCCGGACGGGCUCACAACCACCUGUCUCGGUCUCGUCCCUUGACCAUAUCCAAACCGGAGAGGAAAAGCAAGAAGAAUAAAAAGAAGGAAACAAUCGCAGCGCGCAAGAAAGUCAUUAAGCUGUUGGUUGUGGUCGUGUUGUCCUUCGCAUUAUGUAUGUUACCAUAUCAGGUUCUUUCGUUUUAUUCGAAUUUCGGCGGCGACGGCUUUGCGGAGCCUUUCCAAAUUUUCAUUCCAUUUGCCUAUUUGUGCUAUUUCUUCAAUAGCGCCCUCAACCCUAUACUUUACGCACUGCUCUCGGACAAUUUUCGCAAGCGGAUGAAGGAGACGCUGACCCUUAGGUCGACCCGUCGGCAGAGCUGGAUGCGCACGCAGGCACGCCUGCGUAGUAUGACGGAUGGUAACACAGAGACAGAGACAGUGUACACAUGUACAUAGGAAAUUAAUCUUGAAUUGAAGCUCAAUAGAUCGUCACGUUGAACAUUAAUGCUGCAAAUAACCGGAUGACGGCAAGCCGGUUAGAGCUAAAAAAAAACAAACUCUGGUUCGCUACUCCUUCGUUUGAAAUUGCAACCAAUUUAUCACAACAAUAUCUAUAACCGGUAAUCCAACCUUACAAACAACCUCCCUAUAUUUAGUAGAACGUCAUACUCUCGAACACAGUAAAAAGGCUCCCUGGGGCCUUGGCGCACGUAAUAUAGCAAUUUCCAUACAAUUUCAACUGUAGAAAUUUCAAUACUUUUUUUUUAAUCUGUAAAUACAAACGCCUUGUGUGCUUGAUGUUUGAACGAGAGAGGGCGCUUUGUUACGCAGCAAUGACGCCCGUUAGGGUCGACACCCGCGGGCAGGCGCAUCAUGUAUAGACACAAGGUGGAAAUGGCGUUCAGGUGUCGGCCCGAGCUCUUUCAUUACCGCCGUUGAGGGGGUACUGUACUUCUGUACAGUGCCAAUACGAUGUAAAUGUAUAGAGGCUCAUAUGCAGUCAAUAACCGUUUUUAAUAGAUUUAAUAGCACAGUGGUAAUUUUGGUUCAUGCGUGUAUCGCUUUUGAGAAGUUUUGUUUUUCUUCAGUGGAGUGCCAAUUGUUAAGCAGAUAAAGGCUCGAGGUUUCAUUAAUUAGAGUAUCUGUUAUAACGCAGAAGUCGAAGUAGUGUAACUAUGAGUUACAUUAGGUAAUCUAGAAAAUUAACGGCAUCACAUACACAUUUUAACGAAAAUGAUUCAAAUAUUAAACUUACUAAAAUUUAAGUAAUUCAAGCUAUAAGCUUACACUCAUACGUCGGUGUCGGAUAAUACAAUGAUCAUAAAUUGAGCUCUUGGCAAUAUUUCCAAAUCAAAAGGAGGUUAAACAAGAAGUGAAAACAAACUGCCGAAUCUACGUACCUGUUUGGAGCUUAAAUGUUAUGGGCACCCGCUAUUUAUAAAAUUUGAGCAUUUAAUUGUCCAGUUGGAAAAGAAUAAGAAUCUUACUUUUUUAUCCCUGUACCGGAUGGAUUAAAUGAGGCAAACGAACGGUACACGGAGAUUCAGGUUUAAUAUUUAAUUGAAGAGAAAAAUACUUGUUACUGUAUUUAUACCAAAAGUGAUACUUCAGCUGCAGAUAUUAUUUAGUGUAGUUUUAAUGCCUUGUCUAAUACGCUUCGUAAAUGAAAAACUUUGAAAAUAAGUAUUACUAAAAGUAUUUGUAAAAUACACAGCACACAGUAUCGUGUGGUCAGACAAUUCAUAACAUGUAUUGCCAUGUUUAACUUUGGAUUUCGUCUUGUAAGAUAACAUAAAAAAGAAAAAUGUCCGAUUCAGUACUAAGAGAUCGCA